ACAUGGACGACGAGGAAGAASUGCGUAAAGAUGCCCCUUCUGUUUUACCAAUAGAUCGCAGAACAAUCCAUCAAAUAUGCUCAGGACAGGUUGUACUGAAUCUCGCUACGGCAAUGAAGGAGUUGUUGGAAAACAGUUUAGACGCGGGCGCUAAGAGUGUUGAUAUCAAGCUCAAAGAAAAUGGCGCGGAAUUGAUUGAGGUCUCGGACGAUGGCCAUGGGGUAGAACCUCAAAAUUUUGAAGCUUUGACGCUAAAGCACCACACGUCAAAGAUCAGAGACUUUUCUGACUUAAGUGCAGUGGAAACUUUUGGUUUUAGAGGAGAAGCUUUGAGCUCGCUUUGUGCUUUGAGCAAUCUGAGUAUUACGACACGACACAAGUCCCAGAUGGCAGGAACCAAAAUAGAAUAUGACCACAGUGGCAGGAUACUGUCAAAAACACCAUGUGCAAGGCAGAUAGGAACUACUGUGACUUUGACCAACUUAUUCUCAACACUACCAGUCCGUCAUAAGGAGUUUCAGCGCAAUGUAAAGAAAGAGUUUGUCAAGCUUGUACAUGUGUUGAACGGUUACUGCCUGAUCAGUAGCAGUGUGAGGAUUAAUUGCACUAAUCUUAUCGGCAAGAACAAGAAGAUGACGAUUGUAUCRACCACUGGUGGAGACCAGAUCAGGGAUAACAUUACUUGUGUAUUUGGGGCAAAACAGGUUCAGUCAUUAAUCCCAUUUAAACAAAUGGAGCCAUCAGAAGAAGAACUCAAUGAGUUUAACAUCCCAAACAGCCAGUCUACUUUGUAUGAAAUAACUGGGUACAUUUCUAAGGYGGACCAUGGGCUUGGUCGAAGCACUGCUGACAGACAGUUCUUUUACAUCAACAAGAGACCAUGUGACCUACUCAAAGUGUCACGUGUUGUCAAUGAGGUGUAUCACAUGUUUAAUCGACAUCAAUAUCCRUUUGUCAUGUUGGAUAUCUCCCUUCAACGAGAUGCUGUGGAUGUAAACGUCACCCCAGACAAGCGACAAGUUUUCAUGCAAGAAGAAAAACUAUUACUGGCCAUAAUAAAGUCCUCUUUGAAAAGAAUGUUUGAUACCGGAACAUCAAGUUACGAAGUGAACCAGAAACCUCUGAGUCAAAUGAAUUUAUCAUUUAUAAAAAAUGAUAAACAAACCACGAGAAACGAGAAUAAUGAAAGUGACGGGUUAAUCGCUCGAAGUCUGUCAGUUCAAACAUUUCCUUCGUUAAAGAGCUUCAAAAGGCCCUUUUCUUMUAUAGCAAACGACUCAGAUGUAAACAGAAAACCAAAGCAAGCAAAACUCACGAMUUUUUCUCAAGAAACGAGUAUUUCAAACUGCGAGGGACUCAAUAACUCRCUAGAACUGAAAAGUAAGGACGAAAUAUCUUGCGAAUCUUGUGCCGUUUUUGUCUGUGAAAAAAGCCAAGAAUCGCGCGAAAAUAUUGCAAAAGAUGCAUCAACAGUAGAUGUAAAUCUUGAUGAUGAAGUUCAGAUAAUCAAACAAGAGAAGGAAGUUCAAAAUCUUGAGGCAGAGGAGCGUGGAAGUGAGAAUUUUGAAAUGAAACACUCCAAUCCUGAUGUCAUUGAUUUAUCGAUAGAACCAGUGAAGACAAGUCUGGUAGAUGGGAAAAGUGUUCAAGACAACUCUGAAUCGCAAGGAAGAAUCACUACAGUAGAUGUAGUUCUUGAUGACGAAGUUCAGAUAACUAAACAAGAGAAGGAAGUUCAAAAUCUUGAGGCAGAUGAUCGUGAAAGUAAGAAUUUUGAAGUGGAAGACUCAAAUUCUGAUGUCAUUGGUUUAUCGAUAGAACCAGUGAAGACAAGUCUGGCAAAUGGGAAAAGUGUUCAAGACAAUUCUGAAUCGCGAGGAAGAGGCACAUCAGACAAGGGUAUUCGCACAAAGAGUCGCAACCUUAAAGAAAUCAUAAAAACACGAAAAACAAUGCAUGUUGACUUCAACAUUGAAAAACUUCAAAAUACAGGAARCUCAAGGAUGAUUCAACAAAACUUAGAAAGAACAGCACGGAUUUUUCGAGCGAAAAUCUCCCCAGAAAACAACACAGCAGCCGAAGAUGAGCUCACUAAAAACAUUACCAAAGAGUCAUUCGCAGAAAUGGAAAUUCUAGGGCAGUUUAAUCUUGGUUUUAUUCUAACAAAACUUGGUGAAGAUUUGUUUAUUAUCGACCAGCAUGCUUCGGACGAGAAGUAUAAUUUUGAGUAUCAACAGAAACAUACUUCUCUGAACUCACAAAAAUUGAUUGUACCAAGGAACUUGGAUUUGACUGCAUCUGGUGAGUCUGUUCUUAUUGACAAUAUUGAAAUUUUCCGUAAAAAUGGUUUUGAGUUUGAGAUUGAUGAGAGCGCUGAGACAACGAAGAAAGCUAGGUUGGUAUCAGUUCCUGUCAGUAAGAAUUGGACGUUUGGAGUUGAGGACGUGGAGGAAUUACUUUUUAUGUUAAGCGAUUCUCCCGGUGUGAUGUGCAGACCUACUCGUGUGAGAAAGAUGUUCGCGAGUCGGGCUUGUCGAAUGUCGAUAAUGGUAGGAACUGCUUUGACUCGUGAGCAGAUGAGAACGGUUGUGAAUCAUAUGGGUGAGAUGGAGCACCCGUGGAAUUGUCCUCAUGGACGACCAACUAUGAGACAUGUUAUCAACCUGAGCAUGAUUGCUGGUGUUAAGGAUGAUUAG